GUGCAAUCUGUUGAGAGUCUAAGGUGUUACAUUGCUUGAUGUCAUAAGAUGUUUCUUAAUUAAUGUAUUACCAAGCUGAUGGGUGAUUCACUCGUUCUGGAGUUGUUUCACCGUUCUGCUGUUUAUCUUCACUUGAUACUGAACUGAAAGAAUUCUACAUUUGCAACUAAGGAUAACCGGAGAAGGACCGUUGCCUUGACAACUAAAGACAACAAAAUAAGAAUCAUUGCCUUGACACCGACAUUACAGUAUAUUGGAAUACCUGCGAUUUUUUAAAGAAUCGUAUAGUUGAUCUGUUUUUCAAAGUUCAAAACAAAUUAACGUUAUCGUAAAGUUCAUCAUCAUAUAACAAUGGAUUCUAAUUUUACAACAGUGGGGCCAAAUUUGACAACUUUAAUGCCUCCUUUAACGACCAUGUUUGCCGCAUCAAUGGUGUCCACUUUGAAAACAAUGACGACUCCAAUGGAGACUAAUCUUACAACAGCGGAGUCGAAUUCGACAGCAUUGAUGGAGUCAAAGCAAGUAGAAUGUGAAACGACUUUGCCCAUGCUUGAAUCGAAUACCAGCCGACCAUUUGUGCCCCGCCAGCCUGUAUACAUGGGCCGUGUUGAAUUAAUUGUACACUUAGUCGUUGUUGCCUUGCUGAUGGUGCUGAUAACUGGUGGGAACAUUAUUGUUAUCGUUAGCGUGUGGGCAUACAAGUGUCUGCAAAAAGUCCGUUACAUGUUGCUGGUGAAUUUAGCUGUAGCGGAUGUCUUGAUGGGUGUCAUCGUUUGCCCUGCCACGUUGAUCAUGUAUUUAGCCUCAAUGACAGGGGUUAAGCAUCUCAUCAGAUUUGAUGUGCUUUGCGGCUUCGUUGCGUUCACUCUGAAUUUAUCUGGUGCCGUGUCUCUGUUUAGCAUGUGUGGAAUCGCACUUAAUAGUUUUAUUGCUGUUUCGAAACCUCUUCGUUACAAAGUCUUGGUGACACAGUGGAAAACGGCAAUUUUUAUAGCCUUCACUUGGGUCUACGCGCUCAUCCUUUGCGCCUUGCUGAUGUAUUUUGGGUCAAAAGAUGUCUGCAAUCCCCCCAAGCUGAUGACAAGUACAAUUGCGAUGAUUAUCAAAGUCCACUUUUUAGCGUUGCUCAUCAUCAUCGCGUUUGCCCAAACAUUUGUUACAAUUGUAGCCGCAAGACACGAAAAGAAAAUCAACGCCGAACUGAAACUGUUCAACAACGUUAACGACCUAGCCGUUGCAUUCAAGAAGGAAAGAAAAGCCACAAAAUCGAUGAGUAUAAUGUGCGCGCUGUUUUUACUGUGCUGGAUCCCACGUGUCACAAUGUCAUGGGUAAAGCUAGAUGGACCGCCUCCUACUUGGUACGUUCCAGUCAUCGAGGGGUUCAUUAAACUGAUGUACGCAAACAGCGCGUUGAACCCAUUGGUGUAUGCCUUCAGGAUGAAGACUUUCGGUAAAGCUAUGGUGAAAGUUAUCAAAUGUAAUUAUAAAGCACAUAUUGAUGACGAUUAAUCAGCAGUAUAAAUAAAUAUUUAAAAGUAGAAUCAGAUCAACAAAUCAAAUUGCAAAAAAUGAUGCUGUUUCAACUUAUUAAAAAAUGAUCCAAAAAUAAAUUCUGAAGUAAAGAUUAAGAUUUGUUCUGAUAGAAAACCAACAUAAGUUGUUCUGAUACUACCUUUAAAAGUCUACAACACAGGGGAGAAGGGGAAUUUAAAUAAGGGAGUUGCAAUAUUGCUGAAUAAAGCUGAAUUAAUAGAUGUCAGCACUUGUUUGCUAUACUCACUUACCAAGGACCCCGUUGUGCAAGAAAUAAUCACGUUGGACAGCUUAAGCUGUGAAGUCCAUUAAUCUGGCCAAAAUGAUAGAGGACCAUAAUUCUACACAUUCACGUACAAGUUUUAAAAAACGUGUCACUUAACUUCCGUACAAACUAAAAAUAUUGUCUUAAUUUUUGAGACGUUUUUAGGAGAAAAGAAUGUGCCUGAUAUUUUAAUUUGAAUAAUACACUGAUCAGAAAAUUCCUAAAGAUAACACUCAGCUUUUAAUAAUGAAAACUCUUAGUUUUAUAACAAUUAGUUCAGGACUUAUAGGACAACCCUCGUAGAGUAAUUGACCAGACGUGAAGUGUUCACAUAAUUGUGCAAACAUUGGAGUACUUCUAUGAACGUGACAUAUUAAUCAGAUUUCUGUUAUAAGUUGAGAUUCAUGUUGAUUGUAUUUGUAAUGUAAUUGAAAAAAGCACGAUGCGACAAAGUUAGAUAUCGUAGUAAAAAUAACUGUUACGUGAUGAUAUAAGUUAACAAUUGCAAGUCACCAUUUUGUGUAACCGAUAUAGAGGUUAUCUACUGGGAGGGAUUCAAUAUUGGCUUUAUUCAGGAGGACAAUAUGAUAUAUCCCGAGGCUCCGGAGGGCCAGAGGGAAAUAUCAUAUUGUCACGAGGAAUAAUCCCAUAUAUAUAAUCCCGAUCAGGAAAUAAGCUAUUUAUCUCAUGAUAUUAAUAACUCUCUUCAGAAAAUCAAAGUUUAAAGUCAAUGUGGAAAAAUAAUUGUUCCGAAAAUGAUAUUAAAUUAUCCUCUUUCACUAUUUGAGGUCUGAAUUUCAUGUUUGGAAUUGAUCCCAAAAACGGACAAGGAAUUGUACUAUUAUUUUUUCAAAAGAUUUUUUUUACAUUUCUACGAAAAAUAAGUAAAUCCCCAUAUGAGACAAAUUUUGCGAUCACAGCCCAUAAAAUAAGUGCGUAGUUGUAAAUUCCAGUCUCAAAAUGAAUUAAAAGUGAUACCACACUUGGUGGUUAGAUCUCGUGUAUGAUGUUAAAGCAGAU